GGCCCUGCCCCCCAGCCACGCCCGCUCUCCCGCCACGAUGCUCGGUAGCAAGCGACUGGGGCUGUCCGCACUGACUCUUGCCCUGUCCCUGCUGGUGUGCCUGGGUGCGCUGGCCGAAGCUUAUCCCUCCAAGCCAGACAACCCGGGCGAGGACGCACCGGCGGAAGACAUGGCCAGAUACUACUCGGCGCUGCGACACUACAUCAACCUCAUCACCAGGCAGAGAUAUGGAAAACGAUCUAGCCCUGAGACACUGAUUUCAGACCUCUUAAUGAGAGAAAGCACAGAAAAUGUCCCCAGAACUAGGCUUGAAGACCCUUCUAUGUGGUGAUGGGAAAUGAAACUGGCUCUCCAGGCUCUUCCUAUUUUCCACCCAUAUUUCAUUCUGUACAGUGAAUGUGUGCCUGUCCUACCAACGCAUGAGACCAUUGUGCUGAAUUCUACAGUGUUUUCCUUUGUCAUUGUAUAUAUGUGUGUCUAAAUAAAAUACCAUGCAUUAAAAAGUGUAUUC